GAAUUUGGGAGGAGGAUUUGGAACAUAAACUGUGACCUACAAGUGAAUUUCCCCAGGUGGAUGAUAAACUCCACUGCAGGCCACAGAGGGGCCUCCUCAUUCCAGCAAUCUGGCCAGGCUGACAGACUCAUAGCCUAUGGGGGCAGGGGAGGGUGUAGGGGCCAGUAUUUCUCGGGCUAGUGACGAACUGCCUGAUUCUUUGCAGCCUAGACAGAGGAGGCAGGAGCCCCAGGGGCGGGCUAAUCGCCUGGGCUGGGGAUGCCUGGGCAGAUGCAGAGGCAGCUGGAAAGGUGGCAGUGCACCUGGGUCGCUGGAGCUGCUGCCGUUCCUAGGAGACCAAGGAGCAGCAAGCCUGCGGGGGAGGGGGAGCAAGUGGGUUGCUGCUUUUAGCAGCUGAAAGGGCUGCAGGGAGCUCUGGGUAAGACAUUUUCUGCUGCUGCUGCUUUUGCGGUAGAAGCUGCUGCGAGUAAGUCAGAGGAAGGAGGAUUGAGAAGGGAGGAGGCUUCACUUGCAGCCAUGCUGAAUCACUGUUGCUGAUCAGAUCUCCCACUGGUCUGCUGGGAGAAUCAAGAACAGAACUAGGAUCCCCGGGUGCAUGCACACAGUUCAGCGGCUACCACCCUGACUGGGCCUCACACAAUGGAGGGUGAAAGCAUCAAGCUGAGCUCCCAGACUCUGACACAGGCUGGAGAUGAUGAGAAGAACCAGAGGACGAUCACUGUCAACCCUGCCCAUAUGGGGAAAGCAUUCAAGGUUAUGAAUGAACUACGGAGUAAACAGCUGUUGUGUGACGUGAUGAUUGUGGCAGAAGAUGUCGAGAUAGAAGCCCACCGUGUGGUCCUGGCAGCCUGCAGCCCUUACUUCUGUGCAAUGUUCACAGGUGACAUGUCUGAGAGUAAAGCCAAAAAGAUAGAAAUCAAGGACGUGGAUGGGCAGACACUGAGUAAGCUGAUUGACUACAUCUAUACUGCUGAAAUCGAGGUGACCGAAGAGAAUGUCCAGGUGCUGCUUCCGGCAGCCAGCUUGCUGCAGCUCAUGGAUGUUCGGCAGAACUGCUGUGACUUCCUGCAGUCUCAGUUGCAUCCCACCAAUUGCCUGGGCAUCCGUGCGUUUGCAGAUGUGCACACCUGCACUGACCUUCUGCAGCAGGCCAAUGCCUACGCAGAGCAGCACUUUCCAGAGGUGAUGCUAGGAGAAGAAUUUCUUAGCCUGAGUCUGGACCAGGUGUGCAGCUUGAUAUCCAGCGACAAGCUGACCGUUUCUUCAGAAGAGAAGGUGUUUGAAGCUGUGAUUUCAUGGAUCAAUUAUGAGAAAGAAACCCGUUUGGAGCACAUGGCAAAGCUGAUGGAACAUGUCCGGCUUCCUCUCUUACCUAGGGACUACCUAGUCCAAACGGUUGAAGAAGAAACUUUGAUAAAGAAUAACAACACCUGUAAAGACUUCCUCAUUGAGGCCAUGAAAUACCAUCUGCUCCCUCUGGAUCAGAGGCUAUUGAUUAAGAACCCAAGGACCAAGCCCAGGACUCCAGUCAGCCUUCCCAAGGUCAUGAUUGUGGUUGGCGGCCAGGCACCCAAGGCAAUCCGCAGUGUGGAGUGCUAUGAUUUCGAGGAGGACCGGUGGGAUCAGAUUGCUGAGCUUCCCUCCAGAAGAUGCAGAGCAGGUGUGGUGUUCAUGGCUGGCCACGUGUAUGCCGUGGGAGGGUUUAAUGGCUCACUGCGGGUGCGGACAGUGGAUGUGUAUGACGGCGUGAAGGACCAGUGGACAUCCAUUGCCAGCAUGCAGGAGCGCCGGAGCACGCUGGGCGCAGCGGUGCUCAAUGACUUGCUCUACGCGGUGGGAGGCUUUGAUGGCAGUACUGGCCUAGCAUCGGUGGAAGCCUACAGCUACAAGACCAACGAGUGGUUCUUUGUGGCCCCGAUGAACACGCGGCGGAGCAGUGUGGGUGUGGGCGUUGUGGAGGGGAAGCUAUAUGCUGUUGGGGGUUAUGAUGGAGCUUCCCGCCAGUGUCUGAGCACUGUGGAGCAGUACAACCCAGCGACCAAUGAGUGGACAUAUGUGGCGGACAUGAGCACCCGUCGCAGUGGCGCAGGGGUUGGAGUGCUUAGCGGACAGCUGUACGCCACAGGUGGGCAUGAUGGGCCUUUGGUGAGGAAGAGCGUUGAGGUUUACGAUCCUGGAACAAAUACCUGGAAGCAAGUGGCAGACAUGAACAUGUGCCGGCGCAAUGCAGGGGUCUGUGCAGUGAAUGGGCUCCUGUAUGUGGUUGGAGGGGAUGAUGGAUCCUGCAACUUGGCUUCGGUGGAGUACUACAAUCCUGUCACUGACAAAUGGACACUGCUUCCAACCAACAUGAGCACGGGGCGGAGCUAUGCAGAUUUCCCAUAAUGAGAAUAUAUUACUUUUAUAAUCAAGAUAAAGGUUAUAUGAAAAAGCAACACAGGAGCCUGCUUUCAAAAACAAAAAGCUACCUUCUGAAAGAGAUGUCUGAGAUUCAAGUAAGAUGCUGUCAAGACCAGGCACCUGGACUCAGGUUCUGCCUGCCUCGAAGCUUCAAUGUCUGCACCUUUAGCCAGGAAUAAACAGGAAAUAGAUGUCUUAGCAGAAUAUCUCCAGUGGGGUAUCCUGGCUUGCUUUUAGCCAUGUUCUGUCAAUCUCAUCUUCAACCAGAACAUUUUAUAGUUGUGGGACUAUGUUAAAAUAAGGCUCCAGUAACCAUCCUGCCUGGAGACACCUAUAAGUUAGGAUUUCGUUUAGCAACAGGCACCAGAAACCCUGACAGAUACUUUCCUAAAUAAGGAAGUGAGUGUAUUUGUCUCAAGUAGAAAGAAAUCCAAGGUUGGCCGGGGGGCUCAGACUGACAUUGAAGAACCAGGUUUCUCUUCUCUUUUCUGUUCUGCCAGCUUUAUCAAGGGCUGCUGCCUCCCCUUGGCCUUGCGUGAGCAUUCCAGUCACAACAAGAACAAAGCCAGCGUUGCAACACUGGCACACUUGCCUUUAUAGUCUUAUUGGCCAGCACUGGGUCACAUGGCACAUCUAACUGCCAGGCAGUCUGGGAACCCGAGCUUUCAACUUGCUGGUGGCUGUAGUCAAGGACAGCAAGUUGGAAGGAUGUUGACGGAAUCAACCUGUACUAUCUGAUAUGUAGCCUCAGUCCCUUACAGUGAGGUUCUGGGUCAUGCGUGGAUUUAUAGUUAGGUGUUGAGCGUGGUUCACCCGGACUAAAACAGUAACACAGCGUACAUGUCUAGAGCAUUUAUCAAAGUCGAGAUUGUCACAUUGGCAGGGUCUGUUAGAUGACAUUCGUGUGGGAACUGAGCAUAAAGAGGUCAAAGAACUUGCCAAAGGCCAUAGUGCAGGUUGACUGGUGGCAGAGUUAGGAUUGGAAUUCAGUCUUUCUUGCUCCCAUGAAGGCAGCCUACUAUACUUUCCACUUCAUUCCAGUGUCUUCUAAAAGUAGAGAUGAAUCACCCAUCGCUUCUCUUACAAUGAUUCAAAUUUAGAGCUGCAUAGCUGCCCCUGGGCACUGAGCAUUGUUGGGCUGGGUGCUAGGGCUGGGGACGGGAGUCACCACAGUGAGUCCAUGUGAUGACACCCGGUGAGGCCACUAGCCAGCGGUGUUUGAGGGACUGUGCUCGUAGGUUCAAGUGUCUUGCCAGGACUUGGCUCUUGGAGUGGGGAGCGGCCAGCUGCUAGCAGCCUGAGUCUACAGACACUUCGAUACUAGGAUAAAAAUUGUACACAUUUCCCUUGGCUGUGACUCAGGAUAUCUUGGAUUCAUGAACUCACUGGGACUCUGAGUAAUUUUGGAGAAGCUAAGAUGAUAACUUUCUCCCCCUUUCUUAUUAGGUGUUGCCGUGAUUCACAAGUCCUUGUGACCCAAAAUCCCACUGCCAGGAGGUGGAGGAAGGAGCAGGUGCUGCCUGUGACUCUGAACAGCAGGACCUUGGUGACUGGAUUCAACUCCCUUAGGAGGGUCUGUGCUGCUGUGAGAACUGCUGUCCUCUGAUUUGGCAGACUGGUGUUGUUCAUCGCAGUGUGGACACCAUUACCCACCCCCGCUCCCCUGAGGUGCUCUGGCCUAUGCCCUGAGCAAUGGGAUCCUGACAGCCCCAGGCAGCACCUUUGGGCUUUGUUUUGGUGUUUCUACAGGGACCAUACAGACCCUGGAAUGUGUGUGUGUGUAUAGAACAUGGUGUUUCUCUAAGUUGGGGGGUGAGCGUGUGUGACAGUCUACUGGAUUUCUUUACUACUGAUCCUUUCGCUGUGUUAAAAAUCAAAUCACAGAGACCUCUCUUCUGGAUUUGUCCCAUGGGGACCCUGAGACUACUAAAGCUGCUUUCUUCCGAAGGUCCAGUUGGACAGUCUGGGAAUGUCCAGAAAUAACCAGUGAGGGGGCAGUUCCCUGGCCACACCCACUUAUGUACUUUAACUACUGUGACUUUGUCUGCAGAAGAGCUAGAGAAUUUUCAAAGCUGCACCGUGUCCUCUGUGUGCUAGAAUAAGGGACAAAUGGGUUCCCUGCGCUUCUCAGCCCACUGUUUUUCCUUGAGUUCUCCUACAGGAAGCAGAUGAGAACUGCUCAGUCUUCAGGUUUAGGCCAUUGGUCUUUGAUGUCAUAGAUUCCAGGCCUGGGAGAUAUUAUGUCUCUUCAGCUGGGAAAACUAGCUCUUCAGAGAAGCCUCGGGUAACACUGAAAAAAAAAAAAAAACAAAACAAAACAAAAACCAGGAAAAAAACAAAAAACCAAAAACCAAAGUGGUAAGGAUUCAGUUCCUGCCUGUAAUGGUCUCAGAGAGGGUCCUACUUUUAGGUUUUCCCAGGAUAGGACAGUCCCCAUUUAUACUUAAAAUCCGGGUUUAAUUAUUCACAGCACCCCGUUUUACUCUCUGAAGUGUUCUGGUUUGGAGGAUAAAUAAGAGGUCACCCUCCUCCAAAGGCAAAUAUAGAUUUGUGCCUGUGUUGGAUGGAGUCGUGUGUGAUUCAGAUGGACGUUGGAUGGCUCCAAAGGAAUAUACCACUAGAGCUGGCCCUUGGCGCUUUGUGACAGUGGUCAAGUCUGUCUAAUGUCCUUGUCUUCUUUUUCUUGUGCUUUCCCCCAUUCCAGGGUGUGCACCCUCUCCCCAAGCCCCAAGAACCUCACUACUGCUUUCCCUGUGAGGUAGGAGGUGUCAGUGGGCCCUGGGUUUGAGGCCUCCUGAGGUGUGCUUGCGUUUUAAAAAGGGAGCUUGGGAAGAGCUUUGCUAAUUCACAGGUAAAAAUGAUUAAUGAUAGAGCUUCAAGCAUCUUGAGGAGUGAGCAUUUGAGGGUGCAUGGAGUAAUUUGUCUUUAAAAAACUUUAAAGUUGUGCUGUUCGUAAACUAGCAAAUUGCUCAUGCUGGAAUUUCUGGCAUAAGCAGGGGAAGUCUUGUGUCUGGAGAAUAGUCUCAUACCUUGCAGUCUGGGACACUCCCUACUUUGAGAAUCCACCUACAGGAAGCCAAGGAACUUUAUCAAUCCUGAUGUUGGACUUCUGAUACGACUGGGCUACUUCCAAGCAGGUGCUGCAGGAGAUUGGCAUCCCCCAACCCCUGCAGUCAGAAACCCCGAAGUCUUCCUCGCCAGUGGGCCGCUUUGUGUAUUUACUGUAUAUUUAUUGUGCCCUAAAUGUGCAACUCUCCUAAAGACAAAACUUCUCUUUCUGAUGUUAAGCACAUGUUUCUUCAACAAGACGCUUGGAGAACAACAAGGUACCCAGAAGUUGUAGAAGCCUUCAGAAGAGGCUAAAAUAUCCAGCUUUGGGGGACCUGGAAGAAAUGUCUCCAAAGGAAGCAAGGCAUGUUUUAGUUGAGUACUGUGGUCUCACUAUGAAGUGGGGAUGACGGUGGCUUCAGAACUCUACCUGGCUGUGGGUUGGAAGCUGAUGAAAUGAGAAAUGUCCUUUCUCCUUCUCUGAGGAAAUUUUGAGUCUUGUUUUGGUGUGUCUGUGUAAUGGGGAUGGGGUUGGGGUUGGGAUCUGAUGUAUGCCGCCCACAGAAGCUCUCAAUUUCAGAUGACAGGUGAAUUCCGCGUCCCUCCCCCACCAUUGAGAAGCUAGACUUUCGUGCUGGAGAGGCUAUUUUUUUAUGUGUCAUCUUCCAGGGAAGGGUCCCUCCACUGAAAGCUAGUCAGUCAUGUUUUCUGUUUUUGGAUUUUUGCAAUUGGUUUCGCCUCAUGUCUCCCUCCCUACAAAGCACUGCCUCUGCUGGGCGUGAUGGCGAGGCCGUGUCUGUUUCACCCUCAUGUGUCCUUUCUCAUGGGGACCAGAACACUGGUACGUCAUCACCAAAGCCAAUCUGCUCCAGCUGCCCACAGAUGCCACCAAAACCUGCUAUCUCUUCAUUACCAGGUAGGAUUCUCUUUCCCCAGUGGACACAGCAGGCUAUUUUCGAGUUUGUGCUGGUCACAUGGUAGAUGAAGCCUCUUACUGCCCCACUUAGGGUGGCCACGGCUGCUUGUGAAUGCAGCUUUGCCAGUGGCGUAUCUGUCAUCUGACUGAGGUGGUGAAAUGGAAUUGAGGCCCAAGGUUAGAAGCAGCCGAGACGCCACUUGGAUACUGAUUUGAACAAUGUAGAAGUCAGAUUCUGAAUUCCAAAGUUAUUUCUCAUAAGUACCCAAUGGCAUCUCUCCAUCUACAAAGUUGCAGUAUUAUGCAAAUGAAAGUGACCUCAUUUUCUGCUAUGCAAUAAGAAUACUUAAUUCUAUUUCCUGACAAGCCAGUUGCAAUAUCCCCUAAGAUGCUUUUUGAGCUGUCUUACUUUGAUAUCUGUUGUGUAAUGUUUGUAUAUUUCUGAGCCAGAUCCUUUCAAAGAUUGCCUUUUUAUAAAAUUGAAGCUGUAGCUUUUAGGCUAAAAUUUUAAUGUAGAUAUUUUUAUAAGAUAUUUUUUUCAAGAUGUUUGAAUCGCUUUUUAUUGUCCAUGAUAAUAUGUUAUGUUCUUUGCAUCAUUCACUCUCAAACAUAGUUCAUGCCUGUAGCUCUCUUCCUUUUGUUUCUCACCCUCCAGAAGCAUCUUUUUCAGUAGCGCCAGGUAGAUGAGCCUUUUUUUUUUUUUUUAAAUACCAUAUUCAAGGGAGUCUGCUGCAUUUUAAAACACAGUCACUGGUGUUUCUUGAAUUGCUAGGGACUGAUGUUGUGUUCGACUCAGCUCUUGCCCAUCUGUAUUGAUUGUGUGUGUUUUUUUUUUUGGAGUCUGCUUUCUGUGGGGGUGAGGCUGGGCUGUCUCAUGGUGGCUCCCACUGACGGGCACUGAAGCUGGCACCCUGUGGCAUGGAGAAGCCUCAGGGAAAGGCCUGCCCCCCAGCACACACUCCCAUAGUGUCCUAGGUCCAGCCGACCAUUCCUUAUUCUCUUCUAUCAUCUCCUUGUUCAUCUGAAGCUUCCAAUAGCUUGAGGCCUUUGCUGCUGGAUGAUGCCCUUUUUGGGAGCAUCUUGUCUCUGACCUUUGGAAGAGGGGUCAGUCCUCAUGAUCCCCAUGUGUUAAGCAUGUGCUUUGCAGGUGCUCACACGACACUUACAACUUACUUCCUGAGCUGUGUCUCUACUCCAGGCUCUGGUUUGUGUAUUUAUCUGCCAUUAGCAUCAUGAUUUUUAAAAUUAAUUAUUAUUAUUAUUGUUGGGACAGGUGCCAUUUACAUUGCCUCCAUGCUCCCCACUUGCACCUAGCUGGAUCAGGUUGGGAGGAUGAGCAAACUCGUAUUCCAGUUAGUUGGAGUUUUUAAAGGCUCUGUUUGCCUGGAGAAGCAAGGAGGUUAGAAUGUAUUUUUUUUUUAAGCAUUUGCACUAUUUAGAGUCCUAGCCCCUCAUGUUUAGCUGUGCUGUGUUUCUACUGACCAAACAGGAGAGCCAGCAGCACUUCCAGCGUUUGGGAAUGGAAGAGAUUACUUCUGUAGUGGAUAAUUGCAGCCUCAUAGCCCCUGUGCAGCCUUCGUCAUGGGACUCAGUGACUCAUGGAUAUAGCAUCAGCCAUGGCAGGAAUGCACAGGACUGUGGCAUUUGCAGCAUCAAAUUGCCCUAGUGCCAUGUUUGGUUAUGAGAUUGUAAAUUAUUCGCUCCCCCGUCCUCCCCUCCCCUCGUUUUCAGUGGCAAUAGAGGACCCUUGUGUUUUUUGUUUAAUUUGCAUAUUAUGUGUAAAAUACUUUCUUUGAAAGAAAAGUGAAGACGCUGAAUGUGUAUGUCUGUGUGGGUGCUCUGUCCCUGUGGUUGUCAUAGCCAGUCAGACUUGAUCACUGACACCCCGUACAACAUGUUGCAUAGGUAAGAUCCUCAAUCUGGUGUUCUCUGCAUGGCUGUUAGGGACUGUAUAUCUUGUAAAAGAACACUUGUCACAUGCUUGAUCAGUUACAGCGAUAGCUGAAGAAACAUUUCCUCAAAUGUAUUAUUUUAACAGGAAUCAUGUUCUAAUUUCCCAUCCUUUAAUUUUAAUAAAAGUUGAACUGUGCAAACUUU